CCAGCGUUCACGAAAACAUGACUGGUUCCUCCCAAGUCAGUACAACUCGGCGAUUACUUCUCUCCGACCAUCCCAAACGGGUAUGACAUGCAGUCUUGAAGAUCCGUCGAUAUUCCAAUAAAGAGAAUUCUUGAACAGCACCUUUACUGCUAUACCUACCACAUCGGGCCAAACUCAGAUCGUAAUCUAGCAGAUGCCUCCCGACACCACACCGCUUAUAACAGAUUAGUCUAUCGCCAAUGACCGCGCUCCUAUCCAGAUCCCUUCUCUUGAAGAGGGCAGCCCACGAGUCCUACUUUCCCAACGUCUUCGAGCUGCCCAGUGGAAAAGUCGACCCAGGCGACGCGACCCUCGGACACGCUCUAGCUCGCGAAGUGGAGGAGGAAACGGGCCUAGACGUCACCGACAUUCUCGCUGAGCUAAAGCCGAUGAUUUACAUGACUGAGAAAACCGUGGUCGACGACGCUGGCCGAGAAGUCCUUGUUUCCAAGAGCGCUAUUCAACUUAAUUACAUUGUGUCGGUCUCCGGCAGGGAGGUCACCCUCAGUCCAGAAGAGCAUUCAGAGAGCUGUUGGGCUACUGAGGAAGAGGUGGGUGGGUGGGACAUGACAAGCGCGAUGAGAGCAGUCGUGCGGGAAGCGCUCGAGUGGGCUGCUAGCUAG